GCCCAGCAGCCGGCCGGGCGGGAUGCGGAGGGUCCCCUUGGUCCCUGGGGCCCGCAGAGAGCCGCUUUCGGAAGCUGGGAAAGCGGACAAGUGCUGAGUUAAGCCUUGUGCAGCCUCCUCAACUUGCCUUUGUUGUUCUUUGGUAUUGGCAGAGACGCUCUGACGAAGAUGAGUGUGUGAUCUUGCACGUUAGCUUGGUUGGGUACAAUGGAGCUAAUCGAAUUUUGCUUUCCAUUUUCUGAGCCGCUCGGAUGAGUAUGGGGUUUUCCAGAGUCUAACUUAUUACAUAAUGUUUUUAAAAUAGUUGUGUUUAUUUCUAAAAUUAAAAAAAAAAUAGGUGGAGCCUUAAAGCGUGUCUUGUUGCACCUGGGUGAGUUUCUCUGUCGUGGGGUUCGUUCAUUAAAUACUGACCGUUUGUAGAACCUGUGAGCUCUUUGAACAUGAUACUUUAAUUUGUAGAUGUGGCAGUAAGAGCUUCAGAUUCUCUAGUCCUUUGGGAGGCAGUGAUGCAGAAGAGGCAGAAGCGAGAAAUAGUUGCAUGCUGCCAUGUGCCUUGCACCCUGUUCGGGUGCCACACUCCGGUAUAAAUUCUGGCUUUAGAAAUUGUCGCUUUUAUUAUUUUUAUUGUUAUUAUUUGUGACAUUUACUGAGCUCUUGGUAUGAGGGAUCCUGGACAGUGGGCUCUUUUUGCUCAUCAGGAGAGUGGGAGAAGAGUAACAUUGAUGCAGAGACCAUAUAGAUAAGAAAAAUAACACCACAGUGUCCCAGAGUUACUGAAUAUUAUUUAUCUCCUCCAUUUGCUAAGAAAGAUUUAAAUUUUGGUGAGCCAUUUGCUUACUCGUUUUUGUCAAAUUGUGUAGUUGUACCUUUUUUAGCAAUUGUUAGUCGAGUCUCAGUUUCUAUAGUUCAUAGUUUAUCAUUAACGUGUAGCACUAUUUUAGAUUUUUCAAAGUUUUAAUUUUUAACAAGGAGUUUUCAGCCAUAGCCUUAUAUUCUCCCAACUGAGGUUAACCAAAGUCAGAAAUCCUUUGAAGAGACUGUUGAUGGCGGAGGUGUCAAAUGUUGUUAUCUCCACGUUACAAUGUAAGUGAUAAAUAGGGAAAAGGCCUUUGCUAACCUUACACCUUAAAUUAGUGUUAGAACUGAGAACCCAGAUCUCCUGAUGUGUCAGGAUUUUGGCCACAGACUCAACUUUAUGUAAAAGAGAAUGGACUGCUGAAUUAUGAAGUAUUUCAGACCCAAUAGUAGAACAUCACUCUGCCACUCACUCCUUUAUCUCCAACUAGUUAUUUAAAUUGGACUUUUAAUAUCCUACCAGCUGCUCUUCAGACACACAUGGUGCAUUGUUGCCAUUCCCCGGAUUGCAUCUUUGAAACACAGGCUCUUAGUAACCUUCAGCAAACAAAGAGGCAACCUCCCAGAUACGUUUACCGGGAGGGUGUCACCCUGACUGCCCCCUAGCUUUUGCUGCAUCUGUAUUUGAAUUCCAUCAUGGAGCCGCGCAUGGAGUCCUGCCUGGCACAGGUGUUGCAGAAGGAUGUGGGGAAACGACUGCAGGUUGGCCAAGAACUUAUAGACUAUUUUUCAGACAAACAGAAGUCUGCUGACCUUGAGCAUGACCAGACUAUGUUAGAUAAACUUGUGGAUGGACUCGCUACCUCUUGGGUGAACUCUAGCAAUUACAAGGUGGUUCUCCUGGGCAUGGACAUCCUGUCUGCGCUGGUCACCCGGCUGCAGGAUCGGUUCAAGGCGCAGAUCGGCACAGUGCUGCCAAGUUUAAUAGACAGACUGGGAGAUGCUAAAGACUCUGUGAGGGAGCAAGACCAAACUCUGCUGCUAAAGAUCAUGGAUCAAGCUGCUAACCCCCAGUACGUGUGGGACCGAAUGCUGGGAGGCUUCAAGCACAAGAAUUUCCGGACUCGGGAAGGCACGUGUCUCUGCCUUGUUGCCACACUCAGUGCCUCUGGAGCGCAUACUUUAACACUAAGCAAGAUCGUGCCACAUAUAUGUAACUUACUUGGAGAUCCAAACAGCCAGGUUCGAGAUGCAGCAAUAAACAGCUUAGUGGAAAUUUACAGACAUGUAGGAGAACGUGUGAGGGCAGAUCUCAGUAAAAAAGGAUUGCCACAGUCCCGCUUGAAUGUAAUUUUUACAAAAUUUGAUGAAGUCCAAAAAUCUGGAAACAUGAUACAAUCUGCAAAUGAUAAAAAUUUUGAUGAUGAAGAUUCUGUGGAUGGUAAUAGACCUUCCUCUGCCAGUUCUACGUCAUCCAAAGCUCCACCAAGCUCCCGGAGAAACGUUGGAAUGGGGACGGCCCGCCGGCUUGGAUCGUCUGCUCUUGGAUCCAAGUCUUCAGCUGCAAAAGAAGGAGCUGGUGCUGUUGAUGAAGAGGAUUUUAUUAAAGCGUUUGAUGAUGUACCUGUAGUGCAGAUUUAUUCCAGCCGAGACCUUGAGGAAUCCAUAAACAAGAUUAGGGAAAUAUUAUCUGAUGACAAGCAUGAUUGGGAGCAAAGAGUAAAUGCUCUAAAAAAGAUUAGAUCUUUACUUUUGGCUGGUGCUGCUGAGUAUGAUAACUUCUUUCAACAUUUGCGUCUUUUGGAUGGAGCCUUUAAACUAUCUGCUAAGGACCUGCGGUCUCAGGUAGUGCGGGAGGCUUGUAUCACAUUGGGGCAUCUGUCAUCAGUUCUGGGGAAUAAGUUUGACCAUGGAGCUGAAGCCAUUAUGCCAACUAUCUUUAAUUUAAUUCCAAAUAGUGCCAAAAUUAUGGCCACUUCUGGUGUUGUAGCUGUUAGAUUAAUCAUUCGGCACACACACAUCCCUAGGCUGAUACCUGUCAUAACAAGUAACUGUACCUCCAAGUCUGUUGCAGUUAGAAGGCGCUGUUUUGAAUUUUUAGAUUUACUUUUACAAGAAUGGCAGACACAUUCACUGGAACGACACAUAUCAGUAUUAGCCGAAACAAUAAAGAAGGGAAUACAUGAUGCCGAUUCUGAAGCAAGGAUAGAAGCCAGAAAGUGUUACUGGGGUUUCCACAGUCACUUCAGCAGAGAAGCCGAGCACUUAUACCACACCUUGGAGUCCUCCUACCAGAAAGCCCUGCAGUCCCAUUUGAAGAACUCGGACAGCAUUGUGUCGCUGCCGCAAUCCGAUCGCUCGUCUUCUAGCUCUCAAGAGAGUCUGAAUCGGCCGCUCUCUGCCAAAAGAAGUCCUACUGGAAGUACCACCUCUAGAGCUUCUACAGUUAGUACCAAAUCUGUGUCAACGACUGGGUCCCUGCAGCGCUCUCGGAGUGACAUUGACGUGAACGCGGCUGCCAGUGCCAAAUCCAAAGUCUCCGCGACUUCAGGCGCUGCGCCUUUCAGCUCUGCCGCGGCCUUGCCUCCGGGGUCCUACGCAUCCUUAGGUCGGAUCCGCACUAGACGGCAAAGCUCUGGGAGUGCCACCAACGUUGCCUCUACACCUGCCGACAGUCGAGGCCGCAGUCGCGCUAAAGUGGUUUCACAGUCCCAGCGAUCCAGAUCUGCUAAUCCUGCUGGUGCUGGCAGCCGGUCAAGUUCCCCAGGGAAAUUGUUGGGAAGUGGUUAUAGUGGCCUUGCUGGUAGUUCCUCAAGAGGCCCACCUGUGACACCUUCUUCAGAAAAACGAAGCAAGAUUCCCAGGAGUCAGGGAUGUAGCCGAGAAACAAGUCCAAACCGAAUAGGAUUAGCACGGAGCAGCCGUAUCCCUCGACCCAGCAUGAGUCAGGGGUGCAGCCGCGAUACCAGCCGUGAGAGCAGCCGUGAUACAAGCCCUGCUCGGGGCUUUCCUCCUCUUGACCGAUUUGGGCUUGGCCAGGCAGGAAGAAUCCCCGGUUCUGUAAACGCCAUGCGAGUGUUGAGUACAAGUACAGAUCUUGAAGCUGCUGUUGCUGAUGCUUUGAAGAAGCCUGUGAGGAGGAGAUAUGAGCCAUAUGGGAUGUAUUCUGACGAUGAUGCCAACAGUGAUGCCUCGAGUGUUUGCUCUGAGCGCUCAUAUGGUUCCAGGAAUGGUGGCAUUCCCCAUUAUCUGCGGCAGACUGAGGAUGUAGCAGAAGUUCUCAACCACUGUGCUAGUUCAAACUGGUCAGAAAGGAAAGAAGGGCUUCUAGGCCUGCAGAACUUACUGAAGAGCCAAAGAACACUGAGUCGAGUAGAAUUGAAAAGAUUAUGUGAGAUCUUCACCCGAAUGUUUGCUGACCCUCACAGCAAGAGAGUUUUCAGCAUGUUUUUGGAGACUCUUGUGGAUUUUAUAAUAAUUCAUAAGGAUGACUUGCAAGACUGGCUUUUUGUUCUUCUCACACAAUUACUUAAGAAAAUGGGAGCAGAUUUACUUGGAUCUGUGCAAGCAAAAGUUCAGAAGGCUCUAGAUGUCACAAGGGACUCCUUUCCAUUUGAUCAACAAUUUAACAUUUUGAUGAGAUUUAUUGUGGAUCAAACUCAGACUCCUAACCUCAAGGUCAAAGUUGCAAUCCUGAAGUACAUUGAGUCUCUCGCUAGGCAGAUGGAUCCAACAGAUUUUGUAAACUCUAGUGAGACAAGGCUUGCUGUUUCUAGAAUUAUAACCUGGACAACAGAACCAAAGAGUUCAGACGUGAGAAAGGCAGCACAAAUUGUGCUAAUCUCUCUGUUUGAAUUGAACACUCCUGAAUUUACCAUGUUACUUGGUGCCUUGCCAAAAACAUUCCAGGAUGGUGCCACCAAACUCCUGCAUAACCACCUCAAGAAUUCCAGUAACACCGGUGUGGGCUCUCCGAGCAAUACAAUUGGCCGGACUCCCUCCCGACACACCAGCAGCAGGACUAGCCCCCUGACCUCACCCACCAACUGUUCCCAUGGGGGCCUGUCUCCAAGUCGGUUAUGGGGUUGGAGUGCCGAUGGGUUAUCGAAGCACCCACCUCCCUUUUCUCAGCCUAACUCCAUUCCCACCGCUCCCUCCCACAAGACUCUCAGGCGCUCUUACUCUCCCAGCAUGCUGGACUAUGAUACAGAGAACCUGAACUCUGAAGAAAUCUAUAGUUCUUUGCGUGGAGUUACAGAAGCCAUUGAAAAAUUUAGUUUUCGAAGCCAGGAGGAUCUGAAUGAGCCAAUUAAACGAGAUGGCAAAAAGGACUGUGAUAUUGUGUCCCGCGAUGGUGGAGUUGCCUCUCUGGCCACUGAGGGCCGGGGAGGCAGUGAUGUGAUGGAAGGAGGCAGAACGGCUCUGGAUAACAAGACCUCCCUCCUCAACACCCAGCCUCCACGGGCCUUCCCGGGGCCGCGGGUGCGAGACUACAAUCCAUAUCCCUAUUCAGACACCAUCAACACCUAUGACAAGACAGCCCUGAAGGAGGCCGUGUUUGACGAUGACAUGGAACAGCUUCGAGAUGUGCCCAUUGACCAUUCUGACUUGGUGGCUGACCUUCUGAAAGAGUUGUCCAACCACAAUGAGCGGGUGGAGGAGCGGAAAGGUGCCCUGCUGGAGCUGCUCAAGAUCACCCGCGAAGACAGCCUGGGCGUCUGGGAGGAGCACUUCAAGACCAUUCUGCUCUUGCUGUUGGAGACACUUGGAGACAAAGAUCAUUCCAUCCGAGCACUAGCAUUGAGAGUUUUACGAGAAAUUCUGAGAAACCAGCCAGCAAGAUUUAAAAACUACGCUGAGCUGACGAUCAUGAAGACUCUGGAAGCCCACAAAGACUCCCACAAGGAGGUGGUGAGAGCUGCCGAGGAGGCUGCAUCCACGCUGGCCAGUUCCAUCCACCCAGAGCAGUGCAUCAAAGUGCUCUGCCCCAUCAUCCAAACCGCUGACUACCCCAUCAACCUUGCCGCCAUCAAGAUGCAGACCAAAGUCGUUGAGAGGAUUGCUAAGGAGUCCUUGCUGCAGCUCCUCGCCGACAUCAUCCCAGGCUUGCUGCAGGGUUAUGACAACACCGAAAGUAGUGUGCGUAAGGCCAGCGUGUUUUGCUUAGUGGCAAUUUAUUCCGUAAUCGGAGAAGAGCUGAAACCUCACCUCGCACAGCUCACGGGGAGCAAGAUGAAGCUACUAAAUUUAUAUAUAAAGAGGGCCCAAACCACGAACAGCAACAGCAGCUCCUCCUCCGAUGUGUCCACACACAGCUAAUGGUGACGCCAGAGUCUCUUGGUAGCCCUAGAAGCAAUUGGUGGUGCCUCUCCGAGACCUUUCCCACCCUCCCCCUUCAUCGGCUGCCCAGUCAGUACAAGGAGGCCCGCAAAUAUUUAUUACAAUCAGUAUUCUGGUCCCUUCCAGCUUUUGUGUAGAAUCUUACUGGUAUUGAAUGUAAAGGAAGCAAGGCCUGUAUCGCAUCUUCUUACAAAACAAAAGGAAUAAGAAAAGAAAAGAGCCAUACUUAAACAUGUCUUGUACAGCCUGCUGAGAUCAUAAAACCAUGUGUGUGGAUGCAGUUUUUAAAAUCAGAGCUCUCUAGCCAAUACUUGGUAGAAAGUAGCAUUUUCUUUUCAGCUAAUAACAGAUUUGAGGAGGGUAUGUUAAUCUGUGUUUCUCUUUCAUCUUACUUUCCUCUCCAUGUGGCCUGUGUGGGGCAGAGCCCCACCCCUUUCACAACUGACACCGUGAAAGGGUUGUUCGUCUCUAAGUUGUGUUUUGAGACCUACUAAGAAUAUGAAUCAAGUCUUGGCAAGAAAUGGAGAAAAGCCUGAAGAUGGCCUUUUAACAAAUACCUGGAAUUUUGCUUAUGUCUAGACUGGAGGCCGACUGCCCUCACUUUUAGUUUAAAAGGGCGUCCUCCGUAAUAUUCUUCCAGGAUAGGCUCCCAGCCCCUUCUGAACAGCUUCACUGAUGCUGUCCCUACCCCAGAGCUUCCACUGGAAAGAAUUCUUAAAGUUUAAAUGCAAACUGAAAAAUCAAGGUAAAUUUAUAGCAUCGGUUAGUGGAUGCCAAAAAUGGCAUAUCAUGAAGCAUAGAGGACGUAAGAGGUGAAGUUGUUUUACUGCUGAGAUCUUGGGGACACACGGGGCUUCUCUCGGGACCCUGGGACUUGGCAAUUCCGCUUAGCACCAUCUUUUUUCUCUCCCCUAACCUUUGCCUGAGCUGCUCAGUUCUGAAAUGUUCUCAGUUAAUCUGGUAAAUGGCAACUCUGCCCUCUCAGUUUUGACUUCUCUGUUUAAUUUGGGAUUAAGAUCAAAGAAAAGUCUAGAGAGACCAUGUAUCAGAACCAUUUUUUUUUUUUAAUUUUAUGGAUUGAAGUACUUCCUUGAUCAUCUAUUGAAGGAGUCAUUAUUUAAGGAAAAAGUAAUUAUGAUGAGUGGCAAAUUGCAGAAAAACAGGAUUUGAAACACAAUUUUAGUCUGUUUCCUUUUCUUCAAUGAGAAAUUACCAGAGAAACUACCCCUUUUAAAAAAUUUCUUGGAGGUUUGAUUGCUCCAAUAAAAGUAACUAGAUUUGGAAUCUGGUUAAAUAAGUUUUGAGUAAAAGUCUUAAAGCCAAAUGGAAACUUUUAAUGCAAUCAUGAAGACUUCUAUCGUCGCUGAUUAUUCUAUUUUAGAUCCUCUACAUUGAACUGAUUUUUCCAUAAGGAAAAUGCGUAUUCUGAUGUUCAUUUUUAAUGAAGUGUUUGCUGUUCCGAUGCAGUCCCUCACAGCCGCCAGCACUGAGGAGCAGGGACUGUGGUUCUCACCGCUCGUCUUCACAGACCCCCUUCUCUGACCCUCCAGCUUUGAUGGUGGAAGUUGUGAAAGACACUGUAGCAAACAUAGCUCGUUUUCAUUCAGAAUUUAUUAUAGAUACCUUAUUUGGAAAUAGGCACUGAAAAUGAAGGUCCAGGAACAGUGAAGCCAGGGUGCCUUCACUGCGAGGGUGUAUGUGUGUGUGUGUGUGGGUGUGUGUGUGUGUGUGGAGGGGGUAUCUUGCACAUGUAGGAUGUACCCCACUGCUGCUGUUGAGGGAACUUUAAGAGUGUGUUUUAAGUGGUUGAAUAUUAUUGACUUAUUUUUGGCUCAAAACAUAGCAGAACCAGGCCUUACUUUCAUUGAUAAAUACCAUUUGUUAAUAUUUCACUAAGGAGGUUUCUUUUUUACACUCUGCAAGUGAGCUGGAGCGUCUUGACGACUCUUCUGUGUUAGAAACGUGCGUUCUGGCUAGGUUAUUUAUGAGUUCUUUUAUGCCUACUGCACUUAGAAAGACCUUUCUCCUCCAGCUCUGACUCCUAGUCCCCCUGGCCCCCCGCCUGUAGUUGGGAAGAACAUUGCCGAAUGUCCUCAUAGUACUUGCAAAGGGCUAGCCUUGAAUGUCACCUGCCCAACCUUCAAUCUCCUGACUUAGAUACAAUCACUCACAGGUCUCUUGGCCUCAAUCAGAACUGCUCCCACCGCCGAGGGGACUCGCAUGCCGCCACCACCUCACAGGGAGGGGGCUGCACCACUGCCGCCCUCUCCAAGUCCUGACAGCUGCAGCUGCCUUGCCUUGCCGCCGCCUGCCUGCCAGGCCUCCUGUUCGGAUGAAACAGCAGAACACAGAAGAGCAAAGCCCCCAAAACUGGGUUUGCCUCCCCUGUUUACCUGACUUUCCAGGGCCCCAAAACCCCCCAUCCCCGCUGGGGCCGGAUCGCCUGGCUCUCGCUUUCCUUCAAGCCGCUGCCAUCCCUCUUGGGCCCCGGUGUGCCCGCAGGCUGAGGCCAAGGGGGCGGCGGGCGACCUUCUUCAAGGGCGCCGUGUGUGCCCCUCUGGCCCGGGGCCGCCGCCGGCCGCGGGGCCG